UUCGCUCUCUAUCUCUCGCCCGCUCUUCUUCUUCUUCUGCUUCACUUCUCUCUCUAUCCUCCUUCUCUGCUAGGGUUUGGCAUCUGACGGCUGUUGGAAGCUCCGGCGCCAGCCGACUGAAGCCAUCCUCCUUCUCUGCUAGGGUUUGGCAUCCGACGGCGGUUGAAGCUCUGACACCGGCGGACUAACGCACCGACAGUAAACACAGGACGGAACAAGGACUCAUGGAUCGAUCACCUCCGUCGUUAGGGUUAGCGUCCACCUCGCGAAGGAAUACUUUAUGGGGACGAAACGGACCAGAUUUGAAAAGGAUAAAUUGUUGCAAUUUUUAGAGUACGUCAAGUUUCCAUUAGUUACUAAACUGACGGAGAUUACUUCGGUCAAAGUUUACUCCAGUCCUGUUAAGCUUCAGCUCACAAAACGCGUCCAUGCUCUCCCUCGCGAAACGACUCCAGGCCUCUCCUCAAUGCCUCCGGGCUGUCGCACACCAACUUCGGUGGUUCCGGAGCGACACGGGCCCACCGAGGCCGCGGUCCAGGUCAUUGGCGCGGGCGAAGAAGAGAGCGGAGGGGAAGUCCGAGUGGUGGAUUGUUGACGGCGAGAUGCAUGAGAUCGGCGACCAUGUGCCUCCUCGCGAGCGCUUCGUCCUCCCUAGGGAUAACGUCCCCAACAAGCGCCGAAAACAGCUCAGGGAACAGUUCAUGCGCCGAACUCGCCUCGUCAUCAAGGAAUCGGAGCACGAGCCUUGGUGCAAAAAGUAUAUGGAGCUAUAUGAGGAGCUUAGGGAGAACUGGGAGAGGCUUUACUGGGAUGAGGGCUAUUCCAAGAAACUUGGAGAAGAUCAUGCAAAUUACGAGUCUGCUGAAGAUGAUGAUGAGGAUUUUUCCCCUUAUAGGAGCAGACCAUCCAAUUCUGAGCGAAUGAAGGACCGGAGUUUUGUGAGACCGCAAGGUGCUAACUGGGAAAAGGACCGGGGUUUUGUGAGUCGGCAAGGUGAUAAUUGGGACAAGGACCAGGCUUUUGUGAGACCGCAGGGUGAUAACUGGGAAAAGGUCAGCGUAAUUCGAGAUAAGUUUGAGUAUGACAGGCAGAAAAGAAUGAGAGAGAAAGCAUUUGCACCUAUGCAUGACGAUAUUACUUCCAACUUGCCUGAUUCAAAUCGUAACCGGCCGUUUGAUGUUCAGAGAUAUUUUCCCCAGAAUGAUAGAGAGUAGAACUAGAACCGCUAAUAAUGUUCGACCUCACGGUUUUCAGUAUAGAAGGACGCUUGGAUGGUGCCUCAGCCUGACUCCCUCUUCUGCAAACACUGCGACUGUUUAUGAUGGCUACUGCCACUACUGCAAAUGGGAAAGGAAACUUGAAUUGCAGUACCUAUUGUGGAUUAGUUUGGUUGUUUUUCUUUCAAAUCCCGCGCAAAUUUCGAGAAUUUUUUUUUUUCCUAAAAAAAAUCAGGUAAGGAGAGGACCGGAGGGAAAACUGUACUAUGUUGCUAGACACCCAAGAUGAGAAUACAAAUGACUACAUUAGUCGUUAUUUCCUCUGCUUUAUCAAGAGGUUUAAGCUGAAGAAGUGCUCAUCAUUCCUUUU